CGCUGCCCGCUUGAAUGUUUACAUCCGUAACUGAAACAACGUAACUUGAUAAAUUUAACAAAUACGUAGUUUCGACAGCUUCUUUCAUAGAUUCAUCAUUGUCGGACUUGUGUCAAAAGACAUUCAGAACUAUCGACAGCUUGGGAAACGUUGAGCGCAUACCAUCAUUUGAUAAGAUUUGUGUUCAAAAUCAUCAGCAGAGUAUCUUAACAUUCACAAAUGCAAAAAAGCGACGGAACUACUUUUAACUACAGUCUAUCUAUCGUGAACUAAUCACAGCUCUUCUACAGUAUGGCAAAAACGUGUUUAAAUUUGAGCGAUUUCGUACGGGCUUGCCACUUUGCGGCAGUUAAACAUAAAAACCAGCGGCGUAAAUGUGUUGAAGAUAUACCCUAUAUCAAUCACCCCAUAGGCGUAGCGUAUCAUCUAGUGGAGUACGGAAUCACUGACGCAGUUACUCUAUGCGCCGCGGUACUUCACGACACUGUCGAAGAUACGGACGCCACGUUCAAGGAAAUCGAAGAACAUUUCGGCGCAGAGGUGGAAUGGAUCGUCAGAGAGGUUAGCGACGACAAGGCACUAACAAAGGCCGAACGUAAACGAUUUCAAAUUGAUUUCCGCAAAUCCCAAAGAAGCUCAUCAUACAAUCUUGAAGAUCUCGAAAGAUCGACUCCAAAGGGCUGGAGUCAGGAACGUAUAUAAGACUAUUUCGAACGGGCUCAGAAAGUGGUAGCCAAUUGCAAGACCGGAUAAUGUGCGCCACUCGAAAACAAGGCGCAGGACGUAUUGGCUAAAUUUCUUAAAAAAGGUUAACCAAUGAUAUGACGAUACAGCCUUUCUUAAUUCAACUAACGUUGAUCUUCUAGCUAAAUAGUCAUCGAAUAGGAAGAAUUACAGAUGUACUCAGUCCCUGCGCGCUUCGCAACCAUUGUCGAUUUAACGAGACCAGAAAUUAUGCUCUCUACUGCUAUAUGUGUCGCAAUACCGUGUUCAAAUUCUAUCGAAAAUAGAUCGUACUACAAAUUCGUUACUACGAAAUAACGGCUAAAUACCUCGUGAAUUUUCCUUUCUUUUCUUUUUUUAAAAAGGAUAACAUAGUUUCCGUAUAGAAAGUUAUGUAGCAAGUAAUUGAUUUGCUGGCUGAAAAAUACUGGAAAUAUAAUUUUAUAUCGCUACUUUUUGAAUUUUCUGAUCUCAAACACGAUCUGAAACACGUAAAUUCAGAUAAGCGAUUAUAAGAAUAUCGGUCGAACGACUAUUCUUUAGCUAAAGUGAGACUAGCUCAAAUUCACUCGAAUACGAGCUGCGCGGAUCUAUCUCACGAUAUCUAUUACUACUAUAGGGAACAACGUUAGGCAAA